AGACCACGCCCCUCACCCGGGGAUAGCCCGAAUGGUGCUGUUUUACCUUUAGAGUCGCGACUCCGGCUGCCAUCAGCCGCGUAAUUCCCGUUGCGAGUCUCGUGUAAGGGGACCAGGGACUGGUGUUUCUUGAUUGUCCUCAGCGAGAGUCUGCAGAGCUGAAAGCUUCAGAGAGCGCAGGCUAUUCUCCCAGUGGUGCUGCCCUGCCAGCUUUGUUCUUUGGAACACUUUUGAAUCUGGCGUCGACAUGAACUGGGCAUUCCUCCAGGGCCUCCUGAGUGGGGUCAACAAGUAUUCAACGGCGUUCGGUCGCAUGUGGCUGUCUGUCGUAUUCCUCUUUCGCCUGAUGGUGUUCGUGGUGGCGGCGGAGAAGGUGUGGGGCGACGAGCAGAAGGAUUUCAGCUGCAACACGAUUCAGCCCGGCUGCCACAAUGUCUGCUACGAUUUCUAUUUCCCCGUGUCGCAUGUGCGCCUGUGGGCGCUGCAGCUCAUCUUCGUCACCUGUCCCUCGCUGCUGGUGGUGAUGCACGUGGCAUACCGUGAGGACCGUGAGCGAAAGUACCGUGCCAAGCAUGGCGAGGGCUGCGGUCGCCUCUACAGUGACACGGGCAAGAAGCGCGGAGGCCUCUGGUGGACCUACAUCCUGACGCUGAUCUUCAAGAUGCUCGUGGACUCGGUCUUCGUCUUCUUGCUAUACUACCUGUAUGAGGGAUACACCUUCCCUGCCCUCAUCAAGUGCAAGGAAGACCCCUGCCCCAACGUGGUGGACUGUUUCAUUGCUCGGCCUACCGAGAAGCGCAUCUUCACCAUCUUCAUGGUGGUCACUAGCCUGGUGUGUGUGUUCCUGUCCCUGCUGGAAAUCUUCUACCUUGUGGGAAAACGCUGCUGUGAGUGUGUGCUCUCACCUCAACAUUCUCGGCAGCUCUUGGUGACGACCACACUGGUCAACAGCAAAGAGGGGUAGGCCCGUCCAUCGGCUGGCCGAUUUGGUGCUCGCCUGCACUGCAGCCUGUUUUGACUCUGGCCUCAGGCAGGGAGGGCUCAAGGCUGCGUGAACAAGCAGAGGCACAAUGCGUUGGCAGGUGGGCAUAAGCAUCACAGCCUGACUGCUGUUAUCAGGGUGCUGAACUCCCUCUCAACUUCCUUGAGAAUUUGGAAAGCAGGGCUACAUAACCUGUAACAUUUCAUUCGUGCUCAUAAGAAGCCCUGCAUAUUUUCAGCCGAAAAAGCAAACGGAUUUACAGUGAGGAGAGUGAGUAUGAAACUGGAUUGAAAAGAGUUUUGAUAAGAUUCCAGUUAAUGGGUACAUUUCAAGAAGUCUCCAGCAUUGCACCACUGCCAGUGUGGCGUUCUGAGCGUCUGGUGUGCUUUGGUUUGGAAAUACUGAGGAUUUAGAAAGCAGUGUUUGUGCUGAAUGUUUUGGGCAGGGGUAUGCGUGUUCAUUCCACUGUAUUCGGGGUCACUUUUCAGAGGGGUUUAUUUCAGGGUUUGGGUACUGGAGCCCUUCACAUAUCAUUUUGUGACUUUUAUGAUUGUUUCACGGACUUGUUGAACAUCAAGAUCAACAUCUAAUACUUCAUAAACUCUGUCUUUACCCCAUGUCAUUGUUAAAUGUGACCAGACUUGUGUAACAGCUAAGGAAUCACAUGUAUAUUUCUAUGCAAAAGUCUUAAGCAGUCAAAAGUAGCAUUGGCAUUUUAGUUAGUUUGUUUGUUAGUGCACAUUUGCUCAGAACAAAAAUCACAUUUUAGCAUUAGGACAUAUGAAAAAAAGAGUAACACAAUAAAUACUUGUAAAAAUGUUUUCUGUUCUCCAAAAGUUACUGAUAUCUAGUUGGACAGCUAUACAAUCACCCCUCCAGUUCCCAAACCUCUCCUCAGGGGCACCUCAGCCAUUUCAUGUGUUUGUUAAAUUUCACCACCAGCUCACUUAAUAAGUUAAAAAGUCAGUGAGAUACUGAUUAGCUUUACCAAGUCUCCUAGUGGUCAAGUCAAAAAAUACUCGGGUGUAUUGGAUGGUUGCUGCAAAUACUGGGGUGAUGUUAGCAGAGGUUUCAAAAUGGCUAAGCUAACACACUUUGACAGGUAUAAUAGCAGAGUUUUACACGAACAUAAAGAUCAUUUCAACAUAAUUAUCUUUGGCUGCCUAAGACUUUUGCACAGUACUGUACAUUUUUUCUGUUUAUAAAAUGUAUAUGAUUUUUGUAUAAACUGUAUAUCACUAGGUAAUGAACUGUCUUUUUGCUACAAGUUUCAGUACACAAUGCCAGUUCUGUUAACGAGGGUGAAACAAUUGGCCAUUUCAGCUUUCUUUAUCUUGGGGUAAGUUGCAGUUGUGAAUUCCUGUUGAUCAGUGCUGUCAAAAUGCAUUUACUGUGGUGCUUAUAUCUGUCCUGUUUACAAACACAAAAUAAAGCAAUGAAUAAAAACA